ACACUGGGUUACAGAAAAGUAUUCUUUGUUGGUGUUAUAUUAAGCGGAGUAAGCACGAUGGUCAUUGGAGUACUUAAUUAUAUACCGGACAAGACCGUUUUUAUAGUUUCUUGUUUUUUUGUUCGUUUUCUCGAAGCUGUCGGAUCGGCUGCCUGCUUGACAUCUGUCUAUGCAAUAGUGGCCAGAGCUUUUCCAAAGAAAAUUCCGUCCGUUAUGGGUGUUAUAGAAAUGUGUAAUGGCCUCGGCCUGAUGAUCGGACCAGCUUUGGGAAGUGGACUCUACCAGAUUGGAGGUUUUGGGUUGCCAUUUUACACAACAGGAGCAAUGCUCAUUCUAACGGGAAUAUUUUGUUUCUUCGCAAUCCCGAAACCAACAGAUAAAGAAGAUACCAGUUCUAUGUCAGUGUUCAUUCUCCUUAAAAACCCGUCCAUAAUGAUUACAGGAUUGAUGAUAUUAAUAGCUGCUUCAGGAAUAGGGUUUCUGGAACCUACUCUAGCAAUUCAGUUGAAAGAGUUAGAUUUAUCAACAGCCGAAGCUGGUGGAUUUUUUGUCCUCCUUCCAUUUGUGUAUGCACUUUCAUCACCGCUGUGGGGAUUCAUUAACGAGAAAAAGGACUGUGGUAGAUGGAUGAUGAACAUUGCACUGAUAUUUGCUUUCUUAUCCUUCUUGAUGUUUGGACCAACCCCACUUAUACCAUUUAUCAAAAGCUCUAUAGCACAGCUGACUAUAUCAUCAAUCUUGUUUGGAAUGUCCAUGAGCUGUAUAUUAGUACCAACGUUACCGUAUAUACUAAAAUCUGUGUCUUUCGAAGGUCAUAGCAAAGACGGCAUGGCAGUAUAUGGAAUCGUAGCUGGAUUUGAAUCAGCAUCUUUUUCUCUAGGUGCUUUUAUAGGACCAUUACUUGGUGGAAUAAUGGUGGACAAUCUAAAAUUUCCAACUGCAUCAACAAGCUACGCAUUUAUGUUUCUGAUUGUGGCCCUUAUUGGAGGAAUCAAAGCAUUGGUUGAUAAAAUAAAGUCAAAGAAACAAAGCCAAUGCAUACUUACGAAUCUAACCCAUAUCGAUAUUAGUGAUCGAACAGAUAUCAUAACAGCGACAGUGGAUAACAAUAUCACAGUGGUAACAGAUAUCAGUGAUCGAACAGAUAUAACAACAUCUGCAGUGUAUAACAAUAACACAGUGGUAACAGAUAUCAGUGGUAGCACAGAUAUAACAACAUCUGCAGUGUAUAACAAUAACACAGUGGUAACAGAUAUCAGUGGUAGCACAGAUAUAAUACCAUCUUCAGUGGAUAGCGAUAACACAUCGGUAACAAAUCACCAUGAUCGAACCGAUAAUUUAACAUCUGCAGUGUGUAACAAUAACACAUCGGUAACAGAUAUCAGUGAUAGAAACGAUAUAAUAACAGCUGUAGUGGAUAACGAUAACACAGUGGUAACAAAUCACCGUGAUCGAACCGAUAAUUUAACAUCUGCAGUGCAUAACUAUGGAACGCCAUCACUGCCUUAUAAGAAGAAACUACUAUGA